CGGGCUGGGCCGAGCCUGCGCAGCGCCGGCGCCCUUUAAGCCGCGCCUGCCCGCCCGCCUGUCUGUGCAGCGACCGACCGCGCGGGAAGGAGCCCGGGAUUCGCCUUCCUCCUCCUCUCCCCUCCUCCCUCUCCUCCUCCUCCUCCUCCCGUCCGGCAGCGCCGCAGCCCCCUCCUCCCCGCCCUGUGCCCCCCGCUCCUCCCGCCGCCAGCGGCUCUAAGAUGCCCCGCUAUGAACUGGCUUUGAUCCUGAAAGCCAUGCAGAGGGGUUGGUACAGUAGGCCUCACUAAACUUAGCUGCAACUAAGAAUUUCUCCUACAUCAACUGAGUUAAGGCUGAUGCUCUUGUGGAAUGUGGAUUAAAAGUGCGUGCUAAGUUCCAAAUUCCCAGUUGAGAAGCGGAGAAAGUAAAUGUACCACUGCCACCAGCAUCAGGACAGCAAACCAAGGGACAAAGAAUUUGAGCCGCAGUGUUGAUAUUUGGUUAACUGGUUCACGUGUUGCUUAAGAGACGUUGGCUGGGGGGCGAGAAGUGGACGCCAGCCGGUUACAAACAUGAGGGCUGCUCUGGAGACAGCAGACAUUGCCAUUGUGGCCCUGUACUUCGUGCUGGUCAUGUGCAUAGGGUUCUUUGCCAUGUGGAAGUACAAUCGGAGCACCGUCAGUGGCUACUUUUUGGCAGGGCGUUCUAUGACCUGGGUAGCGAUCGGUGCCUCUUUGUUUGUGAGCAAUAUUGGAAGUGAACAUUUCAUUGGGCUCGCAGGAUCUGGAGCGGCGAGCGGAUUUGCCGUGGGCGCGUGGGAGUUCAACGCCUUAAUGCUUUUGCAGCUUUUGGGAUGGGUCUUCGUCCCCGUCUACAUCCGGUCGGGAGUGUACACCAUGCCCGAAUACUUGUCCAAGCGUUUCGGAGGGCAUAGGAUUCAAAUCUAUUUUGCAGCGUUGUCUCUAAUUCUUUAUAUCUUCACCAAGCUCUCGGUUGACUUGUAUUCGGGGGCGCUUUUUAUCCAAGAGUCGCUAGGUUGGAACCUCUACCUGUCGGUUAUCCUGCUCAUCGGAAUGACCGCGCUCCUGACCGUGACCGGAGGGCUGGUGGCCGUCAUCUACACAGACACCCUUCAGGCCCUGCUUAUGAUCAUCGGUGCCCUCACGCUCAUGAUCAUAAGCAUCACGGAGGUCGGCGGGUUCGAAGAAGUGAAGAGGAGGUACAUGCUGGCGGCACCGAACGUCACGUCCAUCCUGCUGACCUACAACAUUUCCAACACCAACUCCUGCAACGUCGACCCGAAGCCCGACGCCCUCAAGAUGCUGCGCGAGCCGACGGACGAAGACAUUCCCUGGCCCGGGUUCCUGCUGGGACAGACCCCGGCCUCCGUCUGGUACUGGUGCGCCGACCAGGUCAUCGUGCAGAGGGUGUUGGCCGCCAAGAACAUUGCCCACGCCAAAGGCUCCACCCUGAUGGCGGGGUUCCUGAAGCUGCUGCCCAUGUUCAUCAUCGUCGUCCCGGGGAUGAUUUCCCGCAUCCUGUUCGCGGACGACAUCGCCUGCAUCAACCCCGAGCACUGCUUCCAGGUGUGCGGGAGCAGGGCCGGCUGCUCCAACAUCGCCUACCCGCGCCUGGUGAUGAAGCUGGUGCCGGUGGGGCUGCGGGGCCUCAUGAUGGCCGUGAUGAUCGCCGCGCUCAUGAGCGACCUGGACUCCAUCUUCAACAGCGCCAGCACCAUCUUCACGCUCGACGUCUACAAGCUCAUCCGGAAGAGCGCCACGUCCCGGGAGCUCAUGAUCGUCGGCAGGGUCUUCGUGGCGUUCAUGGUGGUGAUCAGCAUCGCCUGGGUGCCCAUCAUCGUGGAGAUGCAGGGCGGGCAGAUGUACCUGUACAUCCAGGAGGUCGCAGACUACCUGACCCCGCCGGUGGCCGCUCUGUUCCUCAUGGGGAUCUUCUGGAAGCGCUGCAACGAGCAGGGGGCUUUCUACGGCGGCAUGGCCGGCUUCGUGCUCGGCGCCAUCCGCUUGAUACUGGCCUUUAUUUACCGCGCUCCGGAGUGCAACCAGCCCGACACGAGGCCGGCCUUCAUCAAAAACAUCCACUACAUGUACGUGGCCACGGCCCUGUUCUGGAUCACCGGCAUCGUGACCUUCGUGGUCAGCCUCCUCACCCCUCCGCCCACCAAGGAGCAGGUCCGGACCACCACCUUCUGGGCCGUGAAGAACCGGAGCGUGCAGGAGACGGCGGCCAAGGGGGAGCUGUACAAGGCGCAGGAGAAGAGCAUCCUCAAGUGCAACGAGAACGCCAACCACAUCAUCCCCAACGGCAAGUCCGAGGAGAACCUGAAGAACCUCAAGCCAGAGGACAUCAACCUGCUGGUGACCUGCAGAGACGACAGCAACCCGGUGAUCUCGGUGAGCCACUCCGAGGUCGAGACGCCGGUGGAUUGUUACUCCAACGGCCAGGCGGCUCUGAUGGGGGAGAAGAAGCACGAGGAGGAGACUGAGGACACGGAGAGACACUUGAAAUUCAUAGAUUGGUUCUGUGGCUUUAAAAGUAAAACCAUGACCAAGAGAGCUGUUCGGGAGGUCGAGGAAGAGACUGUUUGUUUACAAAUGCUGGAAGAGACUCCAAAAGUUAAACUAUUACUAAAUACUGGACUGGUCUGUGUGUGUUCGCUUGGAAUAUUCAUGUUUGUCUACUUCUCUUUGUGAGUGAAUAGUGAACUUUUAAGGGUAUGGCUGAACAUACAGAAGUUGAUACAGGUCUCUGGAGAUUGGUUUUAUUUUUCCUUUUCUUUUUUUUUUUUUUUUUUUUUUU